UGCUCUCUAUCCAUCCAGCCAUCCAUUAUCUUCCACUUUUCCGGGGUCGGGUCACGGAGGAUGCUGUUGUAAUGAACCGUAAGGUUAUAGAUCAACAUGUGAAAUGUAACAGUGCAAGCCUCAGCCUGCUCUGUCAGUCAGACACCAGGACCAUGGCUGAAAGUAACGAGGAGGAGCUGCUGAUCAGGACCGAAAGCAUCACUGUGGAGAAUAACUUGAACGACAGGGACCCCAUGCAAAUCACUGAGGGUGUGGACAAGGUCGACUUUGAAGAUGUGAUAGCAGAGCCUGCCGGCGUACGCAGUCUGGAUUGUGUGUGGAAAUACAGCAUCGAAGCCUUCACAUUGUCAAAGCGCUGGUUGUAUUGCGCCCUGACUGCCAUCUUUGGUGUACUUUUGUCGCUGCUCUGGGGCUUGCUGUUUGCUUUUCUGUCAUUCUUGCAGAUCUGGGUUGUUGCGCCCUGCAUUAAGACCUUAAAGUUUGUGUUCCAGUGUCUGUGUCAACCCUUCUUGCAGGUCACGAAGAUCGUUGUUCGCCCAGCGCUUAAGUUGGUGGCGAAGGUAUAUGGCAGUGUGAAAGCGAUGGUACGUAAGGAGGCGUGAGAGCAGUACAGCUGCGCAUAGAGACUAAUCUGGACAUUUCGCUGACUUUCAGAAGAUCCAUGAGACAGAAACGAACAGAAAGUAUGAGAUUAUCAAUAAUUAUUUUGUUUGUUUUAAUUUUAAGCUGAUUUAGUGUCUACAGUGAUGCUUUUUUUUUGCUUGUGUAAAGUAUGAUAUGUAAUGUAAUGUAUAAAAAAAG